UUUCGCUCCUCCUUUUUACAGAAGAAGAAGAAGCAGCAGGAGAAACGAGAGAGAGAGAGAGAGAGAGAGAGAGAGAGAAAGGAUACAGAAUCAGCAACCAGCGAUCGGAGAGCAGAAGAAAAUGGAGGCGCCAAAAACCAUCGCCCACGAAAUCGGAGGGGUCCGACCCGAUGCCCUGCGGUUCGGCCUUCAAGGCGUCAAGAGCGACAUCGUCGGAUCUCACCCUCUCGAAUCCGCCUACCAAUCGGCAAAGGAUAGUCAAGAGGAGAUGAAAAGAAGAAUGCUUGCCAAUACAUAUGGGUCGGCUUUUCCCCUAAAGAUGGAGCUGGAUAGGCAAAUCCUUUCCCGAUUCCAGAGGCCCCCGGGAGCAAUCCCAUCUUCAAUGCUUGGGUUGGAGGCUCUCACUGGGAGCUUGGAUGACUUUGGCUUUGAGGAUUACUUGAACGACCCUCGUGACUCUGAAUCUUGCCGACCAUUGGACAUGCAUCAUGGGUUGGAAGUCCGCCUCAGUCUUUCCAAAGGUCCAGCCUGCCCCAGUUUCAUGUAAUUUCAGUCUGCUAUAUCAAUCAAGAAAUCGUAGUCCUGUUCUCUGGAGGAACCUAUUUUGAUUAAGUUUCAAUUAAAACUGUAUGUGAAAGCUGAAUUAUAUCAUGCAUUUGAAAUUUGAGAGGAAACAGGAUUCUGUGUAUCAUUGAUGUCUAGUGAUUCCGAAUGAUGUUAGUGUA